GCAGCCGCGUGGAGGGCGGCAAGACGGCCCUGCAUGUGGCCUGCGAACUGGUGCGGCCCGAGUGCCUGCUGCUGCUGCUGGGGCACGGCGCCGCGCCCUGCCCGCGGGACGGCGCGGGCAGCACCCCGCUCGACACCCUGCUGCAGCAGAUCGCCCAGGCGCCGGCGGCCAACAUGCGUGCCAAGCUCCUCUGCCUCGACUGCCUCUUCUUCUUCGUGCCUCAGGACCUCCAGUUUGCCAUGAAGCAGCAACUGUUGGACAACCGGCAGCGGUGGCAGGAACUCCUGGGGGAGAGCAGGUUCCAGUGCCUGGUGGGCUUAGCUCCCCCGUCUCUGUUCGUCGGAGCCAUGCGGGUCUUGAUCAGGACCAUUUCACCUGAGCAUUUCCCAGAGGCUCUGGAUGAUCUGCCUCUGCCUCAUUUUCUAAAGCCUUUGGACUUGAAACUGGAGAGCUAGAGGGGUGGUCUGGGAGCCUCCCGCUCACCUGACAGCAACAGACUGAUGUGCUAAAAAUGCAUUGGUAUACGAAGCUGCUGAUGUGGUGGCCAAGCAUCUGUUUUAAUUAGAACUGUAUUUUUAAAAAGAAUUGUAUCUGGCACUUUACAAUGCAUUUUAUU